AUGGACACAGACGAAACCAAGGCCACAUUGACGGUGCCGGCGGCCGGGGCGGCCAGCGACGUAGCCAUGGAGUCUGGCGAGUCCAGCAACGGCGAUGACUCGCAAAUGCGCGACAUCCACGACCUGGAGGAGCGGAUCGGCUACAGCCUGCACACAUUCGACGAGGCGCCGUUUACGAUCCAGCGGAUUGCCGAGCUGCUGGCGCAGCCGCAGCGGCACUUACCGCAAUGUGAUAAAAUACUUGCGGGCGGUCGAGCGCACGGUGUUUGUGACGUCGACGGUGGAGGAGUUCCCGACAACCAGCGCUCCGACACAGGAGGAGGCGAUUGA